UUGAUUACUUAGUCACUGAGACUUGCAGGGAGGAAAAGGAGGAGGAGGAAGAAGAUGCCUGUUGUUUUAUAAACAAUAGAUCGGGCUGCAUUGUUCUUCGGCACGACAUUAUAAAGAAAAUACUUGGUUUACAUUUUGGAGACAUACCAGACUGUUUUUCUUACAUAUAUCCAAGUUUAUUGUAACUUUAAACGUGGAAUUUAUUUGAGCUGCUCAGUCAUUAUGGAAAGUAGUGUUUACAAUUCUUAAACCAAAUUAAAAAAAAAGAAUUUUGCAUUUCAUGAAAGCAUUAUAGGGGUGAAGAGUCAAAACUGAUACAUAUAUCCAACUUUUAUAGUUUCCUCUCUCUUAAGACAAGUACUGAUUUUAAUCCUUUGGAAAACCAAUGUAUGUAUCUGGUAAAAAAACCCCAGUUUUAUGAAGUAACAGUAAUUUGUGGAAGAUGAGUGCCCAACCUCCAUCAAUAGAUAAAGGACUGAACACCACACUUUUGUGCCAGGAAAGCUAUGCUUGCAGUGGCACAGAUGAAGCAACCUUUGAGUGUGAUGAAUGUGGAAGCUUGCAAUGCCAGCGUUGCGAAGAAGAACUGCAUAGACAAGAAAGACUUCGAAAUCAUGAACGGACUCGAAUCAAAGCUGGCCAUGUCCCCUACUGUGACACCUGCAAACUUACAAGUGGCAGCAUCAUGCAGAACAAUAUCAUAAGCUCCAGACAAAGGGCAACAGUAAGGUGCCAAGCGUGCAAAAUAAACUUAUGUUUAGAGUGUCAGAAGAGAACUCAUGCUGGUGGAAACAAGAGGAAGCAUCCUAUUACCGUAUACCAUAGUGGCAGACAUCAUGAGCAGCAAGAGGAGGAAGGAAUGGAUGAGGAGACCAAGAGGAAGAAGAUGACAGAACAUGUUGUAAGCUUCCUGCUGGUGGAUGAAACGGAGGAGAUUCAGGUGGAGAAUGAAGAAGAAUUUAUCAAGAAACUGAAUUGCAAGCCUGACCAGCAUGUAAAGGUGGUGUCUAUUUUUGGGAAUACAGGGGAUGGGAAAUCUCAUACCCUUAACCACACCUUCUUUUAUGGCCGUGAAGUCUUUAAAACAUCUCCAGCACAGGAGUCUUGUACAGUAGGUGUUUGGGCUGCCUAUGACCCUGUUCAUAAAAUGGUGGUGAUUGACACAGAGGGUCUUCUUGGUGCCAUGGAGAACCUAAGUCAGAGGACCCGGCUGCUUCUGAAGGUCUUGGCUAUUUCAGAUCUCAUAAUCUACCGCACUCAUGCUGACAGACUCCACAAUGAUCUCUUCAAAUUUCUUGGAGAUGCCUCAGAAGCAUACCUAAAACACUUCACCAAAGAACUGAAAGCAACCACAGCUCGUUGUGGACUGGAUGUUCCAUUGUCCACUUUGGGUCCUGGAGUCAUUAUCUUUCAUGAAACUGUAUAUACACAGUUAUUGGGUGCUGAUCACCCUUCUGAGGUGCCUGAGAAACUAAUUCAGGAUCGAUUCCGGAAACUUGGUCUCUUCCCCGAAUCCUUCAGCUCAAUCCAUUACAAAGGAAUAAGAACACAAACCCCCCCAACAGAUUUUUCUGGUCUCAGGCAUGCUGUGGAGCAGCAGCUAGAAAAUAAUACCACCCGUUCUCCACGUCCUCCUGGAGUUAUCUACAAAGCACUCAAAGCAUUAAGUGAUCGGUUCUGUGGUGAAAUCCCAGAUGAUCAGAUGGCUCAUAGCUCCUUCUUUCCAGAUGAGUAUUUUACCUGCUCCUCUGUAUGUCUCAGCUGCGGAUGUGGGUGUAAGAACAGCAUGAACCAUGCAAAAGAAGGAAUGCCCCAUGAAGCCAAGAAUCGCUGUAGAUACACUCAUCAGUAUGAUAAUCGAGUGUUCACUUGCAAGGCUUGUUAUGAACAUGGGAAUGAGGUUAGGGUAGUGCCCAAAACAUCUGCUUCUACAGAUUCCCCUUGGAUGGGCCUUGCUAAGUACGCCUGGUCAGGAUAUGUGAUUGAGUGCCCCAAUUGUGGAGUCGUGUACCGUAGCCGACAAUACUGGUUUGGGAACCAAGAUCCUGUGGAUACUGUGGUGAGGACAGAGAUUGUGCACGUCUGGCCAGGAACCGAUUGCAGCUUGAAGGACAACAACAAUGCUGCUCAGCGCCUGAUAGAUGGAAUGAAUUUCAUGGCACAGUCAGUGUCCGAACUGAGCUUGGGACCCACAAAGGCUGUAACCUCUUGGUUGACAGAUCAAAUUGCUCCAGCUUACUGGAAACCCAAUUCCCAGAUUCUGAAUUGCAGGAAAUGUGGCAUAUCGUUUAAAGAUAAUGACACCAAACACCAUUGUCGGGCUUGUGGAGAAGGUUUCUGUGAUGGUUGUUCAUCCAAGACCCGCCCUGUCCCAGAACGUGGUUGGGGACCCACACCUGUGCGAGUAUGCGACAACUGUUAUGACAACAGGGGCAUUCAGUUAGGUAAUCCCAUCCUGACCAUACUAGAAGUGCCUGAGGCAUCAACAGAUGAGGAAGGGGGGACAGUGAUUGCCAGGAAAGUUGGUGAAGCUGUGCAGAACACUCUUGGGGCUGUGGUAACAGCGAUUGACAUCCCACUGGGUCUUGUGAAGGAUGCCGCUAGACCUGCCUAUUGGGUACCUGACCACGAAAUCUUACACUGCCACAAUUGCCGGAAGGAAUUCAACAUCAAAUUGUCAAAGCAUCACUGUCGCGCUUGCGGCCAGGGCUUCUGUGAUGAAUGCUCUCAUGAGCGCAGAGCCGUCCCUUCCCGUGGAUGGGAUCAUCCAGUUAGAGUCUGUUUCAAUUGCAAUAAAAAGCCUGGAGAUCUUUAACCCCACCUCUCCUUCUGGGUACUCAAUAACACCGUAGCUUCUCAGGGUUAGAUGAAAAAAAUAAAAAGAAAAACUAGGCAGAGUGCAUGCUCCUCAUUUCUAGCCUUCUUUAUAUGUGUAGAUUUCAGUAACAUUGUGGAAUAACAAAUAGCCAAGCUAAGGCUUGAUUGCCAGCUGUGAUCAUGAAAGUUGGGGAUUGGAGUAUGUGGAGAAGCUUGCAAUAAAUCGAGGAAUCCCAAAUCCAGUAUAUUAUAUACCAGUCAACUGUAUGUAUUUCUAUAUCUCUAUAAUGUAGUAUGCUAAAUGCAGCUGGCUGAUUAAGCAUUGAUAAUUUACUGUUAAAAUUGAAAGAUAAAUAGAACUUUUUUUUUUUUU